AGGGACUAGCGACGCAACCAGUAUCCCUCCGAGAGGAAAUAGGCGCCAAACGCCGGCAAUUUUGCGCCGCGGCGCCAUGCUAUGGGUAUGAACAUGUUCAGCCGGAAUGAUGAACGCUCCAACAAUGCAUCAGCUGGACCGUCGUCGCGGUCACGGUUUGAUUACUACUACAACACGACGUCAUCACCGUCAUCAUCGGUGGAAAAUCAAAGAUACAACAAUGACCAGACCAGCCUGUUUGGCGAUCCGGUCCUGCCGGCCACCCGCCAUACGGAUCUGCUCGAGGGGGGCGAUCUUUACCAGAAUCUCAAGAACAACAUCGAACUGUACCACUCAAAGCUGUACAACCAACAGGAGAAGCUGCGGCAGGCCGAACGGGACCAGAUGUUCAACGAGUUUACCACCCAACGGGGCUCGUCCUCGGUCACGACCAGCAGUAGCGGGGCAAAACAUUCGCUUGGCAGCAGUAAGAUGAUGGGCAACUUUGCCGAGGAUCCGGUACGAAGGUUUCAGCGGACGCAAUCUGCCAGCCUGGGAGGAAUGGAAGCGAUUGGGAACAGACCUGCUCUCCAAAACAUGGACCUGCUGAAGCACAACGACUGGAUCAACUUCUCCGAGUACGAGUAUCACGACAGCUUGAUCCCGAAAACAAACCAAACCGUGGCCGAAGUCCAGCAGUUCACCAGCAACAACCUAAACCGAACGAUCGAGAAUGGUGUCUUCCAGAACCCGCGGGUUGCUGCCCUCAAGUCACGGCGUAGCUCGAUGAGCGAAAAUCUGUACGCCCCCUCGACCAUCAGCGGAUACGAGGUGGUGGACAAGCUGAAGCCGUCGACCUUCACCAUCCUGGGUCACGGAUCGGCGCCAUACGAUGGAUCGGCCUACUUCGGAGGAUCGGACAUUGCCAACUCAGCGGAAGCGAUGAGCGAAUACGAACGGAUGGUUAAAUACCACAAGCUCGAUGCAACGAAGCCCAUUAUCACUGAUAAGAUCACAACCGGGUCCAAUUUUAGAGUUUCCGAAGGACGCCAACACAAGAAACCAGCAUUUACAAUCAUCAACGAGAAUCUGCCCAAGUCGAGUUCCUUCGACGUUUCACCGGGACCGUUCCUGCCAUACGAAGCCAAACAACGACUGGCGGCGACACGGAUUCUGUCCGCCAGUUCCGUUGGAACCAGUGCCUUCCUGAACCGCCGAAAUCAUCAGCUGAACCUGACAGCAGAUGAACCGUUCCUAGCGCACCAGCGGCGAUUCAGCCAAUCGGACGUUUCCCCCACUUCAGUGGGGAAGCGUCGAAAAUCCGUCAUCAAGAAGGGUGGCGGUGAAGGGAAGAAAUCCAAAAGCAAAAACGCCGUCGCUGUCAUUCCCAAUCCCAAUCGGAAGCAACGGGGAGUGCUCGGGAUAUUCAAUCGAGCGACUCGGUCGCCCAGCAAACAGCAUCCACAUGUCAAAAGUGCCAAACUAACCGUUACCGGAGCAUCCGAAGACGGACAAUCAUCACCGACCCCUUCCGAGCUGACGUCCGAUGUGGCUGAUAUUCCCGACCAUCAAGUACGCAAUAUGAAGCUCUUUUUGAACAGGCCGUUCCCCGUACGGCCGAUGCUGUCGCCAGUACAGGACAAAAGUUCGAUGGAGAGUUCGCAAGUCGAUUUGAAAGAAGCUUCACCAGCUAAGGGAAAGGACAGUCACCAAAGAACACCAAUGUUCAACAUCCGAGGAUUCCUAUCCCCAGGGAGAUUCAAGACAAAGAGUGAAUCACCGACAAGGGCCGAGAAGGGAGGCCUCGCGUCAGUAGGAGAAGCAAUGAACACGGCACUGGCUGCGGCAGCAAUAGGUGACAUCAAGCGAGCGGAUAGCAAAGAAAAACAACAACCACCAAAGCGAAGCAGGUUCAACCUGGCGAGAGCCAUCAUCGACUAUGGUAAAAAAUCCGACCCAGAAGAGGAAACCAAGAAAGAAAAAGAAGAACCUGCCAAACCGAGGCCGGAAGUGAAGCGUGAUGGUCGGAGGAAAGAUUCGGAAGGAAAUCGAGUGAAGGAUAAAAAGGACAGCAAGAGCCCGAAGAAGAAGGGUACGAAAACGAAACCGAAAUCGAAAAAGGCUGGCGGGAAGGAUGAUCAUGAUGAUUACUACGAGGAGGAUGAGAAACCCAAACGAGGAAUGCUGAGAGGCGCAUUGAAUCUGGCAUCCAGUCUCACCGCAAGAGGUGGCAGCAAGAAGGGCUCCACAAAGGAACCCAUCAAAGCUCGACAAGCAGCAAGCGGAAAACGAGCUGGCGAGAAAAGUGCUACGACGGGAACGAACAGCAGAACAACCGCAGGGGCAAGAAGUGGGAAAGCAAGUGAGAGAACAAAUCAGCGGGCUGGGGAGAAGAGUGCAAAAGCCGGAGCCAAAUCAACUCCAAAAUCGGCAGUUGGCCCCAAAGGUAAACAGAUUCGGCGGAGCAGUUCGGCAAGUGCCUUGAAUGUAGAUAGCGUUAAGAAACUCAACCGAUUGUAUGAGAAGAAUGCGAAAGCGGGCGAUCGUAAUGGGAAAAUUCUGAAGGGACAAGACAAGAAAUCCCGACAAUCAUCCGAUAGUCUGCUGAAGAAGGCUGAUAGUAGAGGAGAAUUGAAACAAAAGACUGGAAGCAAAUCGGCGACGGAGAAGGGAAUCGAGAAGCGAGACUCGGAAAAGUCGUUGAAGAAGAGUGAUAGCAACAAAUCCAUACUGAAGGGUGGCAAAAGAAGCGACUCCAAGGGAUCUCUCAUUGGGAAGCGGUCCGACUCGAAAACCAGUCUCCAUCAAACGGAAGCAAUGGCGCUGAUUGCCACGACUGCCGCAGAACUUCCUGGUAGCAGUGGAGGAGCAAAGUCCGAUGCUGAUCCUGCAAAGACUCCUCUCAACACCAUGAACGAACCACGCGCUGAUAGCGGUGUUAAAUCCACCAAGGUCACUCCAACUCCUACCAAGAAGCUGCAGAGUAAAGGAUCCUUACUUAGUUUACUGAGCAUGCGAAGCUCGACCCGGAAGGCAACGAACGUCGAAAAUGGUACGAAUGAUUCUCGACCGGGUACGGCCCAAACCGGCAUAGGUCGCUUGAAGUCAGCUUCGGUGCGGAACGUCAACGAAAAACCAGGAACACCGACGGAUGGAGACAGUGGUUCACAAACCAGCAUACCCGGUAGUUCAAAGUUUUCUAGACGGGGCAUUCUCACCAAAAACAACAGUUUCAUUUCGAUGAAAAGCAUCGUCCAUGCUCGAUCGUUUAUCAACAUUCGACCUUCGUCGAAGGAUGGUGAUUUGAAGAAAAACGAUUCCAUGCCACAGAUGAGCAAAGUGCAGGAAGGUUCACAGGAGCAUGACGAAGCCGACGAAGGGGGACUGACGAUGGCCAUGAGAGGCGGAGGAGGUACAAUGACGACCACCUCGGCGACGCACACGAUGACGGUGGCCGGUGUGGGCGAGGGCCAGAAAGUAUCCAACGAGUACAGUGAACAACGGGGUGCAACGGGCCAGUCGCCGGAGAUGGACCUGAAGGGAGAUAAUCCGGAUAUGAUGGGAAAUCAAUCAAGUGCCAACACCGACUCAAUGAUGAUGCAGCGGCAUCAGGGCGAGGCGGAUAACAGUGACGAAUUUAACGAGACUGGAAAAUCGAAAUGUUGUACCUGCUGUGCACCGUGCUGGACUAAGACGUGCCUUCCAUUCAAACGCUGCUUCAGCUGCAGCAGUCCCUGGUGUGGCAAGUGCCGGGGCAAAGGUGGUAAGAAUCCGAAACCGAAACCGGAAGCGAAGCAGAAAACUGCCGGUGGUUCCUUUUGGCAACGGUUGAAUUGCUGCCGUAGCUGCCGACGUUCGAAAACCUCUCCGGCAGAAGCGCAACCGGCGGCCACACCUAAGAAGUCCUGCUGGCAGUCGUUGAACUGCUGUGCCAGCUGCCGGCGGAACAAGUCCCGCGAGUUGGUGCCUCGAUCAUCGAUCGACAGCGAACCGGAAGAGAAGACCUCCCGAUGCCGCUCCUGUUGGAGCCGACUGCUGUGCUGUAGCCGAUUUCGCAAGGGUGCCGACGGUCAAUUGCAGCGCCACAAAAUGCAGGAGGAACCGGUCGAGAUGGAGACGGUCAAGUGCUGCUUCUGCUUCAAGCGGAACCGGGCCAAGAAGAAACCAAAGCCAAAGAAGAAGAAACCGCAGGUCAAGUCCAGUUUCAACUGUCUAAGCUGUUGCAUCAUGUGCUGUCCGAAGAAGGGCGAUAAUGGCAGUCGAAGAACCAGCAAUUUCAGUAAGAAGCAGAGUAUCGCUCCGACGAUACCACCGGAAGACCUACGACCAAAAAUCGACAUGUCUCUGGUGGAGCACUCCUCGAUGAUGCGCGGUGCUAUUCCGAUUCUACCGAUAUGUUUGGCUUACUUUUGUUUGAUACUCAACGUUGUGAUACCGGGCUUGGGAACCAUCCUGUCCGGUGGGCUGUGCCUUUGCAUCGGGAAGCCUCGUUUCUCCCAGCACGAUUCGAUCAAAGGUCGCAUCGGUUCGUUCAUCAUCAACUGCAUAGUGGGCGUGUCGCAGUGCUUCACCAUCAUCUUCUGCGUCGUCGGUUGGGGUUGGGCCAUCUGGUGGGGUACCAUCAUGGUGCGGCUGGCAAAGCAACAUCGGAAGAUCCUGGAGACGGAAGCUGCCCAGCGGGAGGGCGAAGAGCAAACCACACUGUCCCAGGGAACGGGAGCGUCCAACCCUCCGGUGGCACUGGUUUCACAAAAUCAUCACCGAGACGUCGAAACGGGUCGAUGAGCGCACCAAUCAUCAGGCCUUCCUCCAUCAUCCAAAACCUAAACCUUAACUAAAACUACCUAAUUCCGUUCACACCUGGUCACACCGCAAUCGAUCCACACUUUAUAGAGCACGAAACUCCACCUACUUUAUCCAGGAAAAAGUAAACCCGAAUCUCAUCCCUUGCAGAUGAACACAUUUUUGUAACAUUUUUGAACAACGACAAACCGACGGAAACUGUGGGAUUGAAACCUAUAACGUUAGCGUCUUGUGAGAAGCAGAGCUUCGAAAGUCGAUUUUUUAUGUAACUUUCCAAUGUUGAGAAACUAGUCAAAGUGAUGAGCGAAACAGAAAAAAAAACCGAGAGGGAAAAAUAAAGUUAUGUCUUUUCACAUUUUACAUUGCAAAAUAAGGAUGAGCAGUUUGGUGUUCCUGUAGAUCCGAAAUGAUUUCAAUCUCCCUCGAAUGCUUGAUGUCGAAUGUCGGACGGCCUUGAGAACAAAUGCUUCGCAUGCAGGGGAUGCGACAAUCGGCGAAGCAUCAC